GAAAUACAAGAGAACAAGGAUGCCAGACGGACUGGGUACCGAUUGGGAGAGCACCAACAGCAAUGACCAGUAGCAAGAGCACCCAAACAGGGAAAAUACAUCAUAGAUCAAAGGGACACCAGGUGACCCCAGAGAUCCUCGAGAGGGUUAGAGCUCGGCUGGCCAGGGUUAGUGAAGUCCCAUCGUCAAGUGUAGCAGCUCCAUCUGACAGCCCCGAGAUGCAGACUAACAUAGCAACUCCAGGUGCUCCUGCAUUGUUUGAUGUAGGACCAGCAUCAAGUCCCACUGCGCCUUUUGUUAGUGGUUCUUCCGAUGACAGCUAUGUGCCGAGUGAGUCAUCGACAUCGGAUCCGUGUCAAUCUGACGGGUCGCCAGAUCGCCCACGUACUCACCAGAUGCGUGAAGAGGGCUGCCACAAGGAACCGAAGUACAUCAUCUUUGAGUCGUGCCUCCAGAGUCUCGUCAUGUGGUGUCACUGUCCAGUCUGUGGCAGCCAGGACAUAAGCCCUUCUUGGGAUUCAAACGGUACACAGCUGACCAUGACUCUUCAAUGUGCAUCAUGUGACCAGAGGAGUAGUUGGAGCAGCCAGCCAAACAUUGGCCCUUAUGCCGCGGGCAACAUCCUGCUAUCUGCUGGCAUCCUCUUCGCUGGCGCAUCUUCUGGCAAGGUGUUGCAAGUGCUGAACAGCAUCGGAGUGGUCACGUAUGUGAAGAGGACAUUUUUCAACCACCUGGAGCUCAUCCUGCAGCCAGCCAUCAAAAAGGUGUGGGAGGAACAGCAACGGACGCACCUCACCAUGCUGCAGGUGGAAGACCGACCCCUCGUCCAUGGUGGUGAUGGGCGAGCAGACAGUCCGGGACACAGUGCCAAGUUUGGUACCUACACCACAAUGGAGCUUGUGGCCAAUGUGGUUCUCGACCUUCAGGUUGUACAGAGCAACGGAUGUCUUGGCAGCUACCAUAUGGAGAUGGAAGGACUGAAGAGGAUGGUGGAGCUGUUGAUCAGCUGGGACCUGGAUGUCGGGGUGCUGGUGACAGACCGACACAGACAGAUCGCUAAAUGGAUUUGCGAAAACAUGCCCAAUACACGGCACUGCUAUGACAUCUGGCAUGUUGCAAAAUCCAUCGGAAAGAAACUGAAGGCCAUCUACAAGCAUAAGGACUGUGAAGACCUGAAGCCCUGGGUGCAAAGUAUAAUCAACCACCUCUACUGGGCAGCAGUGUCUACACCGCCUGGAGAGGGGGGACUUCUGGUUGCCAAGUGGAAGUCUGUGGAGCGACACAUUCAGAACAUCCACAAGGACCAUGGCGACCUCUUCCCAAUUUGUACUCAUGGACAACUGCAACGGCAAAAGAAAUGGCUCAAACAAAGUUCACGCUCAGCAGUGAAACUGGAGGAGGUGGUCAACAACAAGUCCCUGCUGAAAGAUAUCGCCAUGCUGUCGGGUGAACACCAGACUUCCAAGGUGGAGGCGUUCCAUAGCCUUAUCAUACAGUUCGCACCGAAAAUGUAUGUCUUCUCAUACAUCGGAAUGCUGUGCAGGAACCUGCUUGCUGGGCUGCACUGGAAUGAAAACUCGAGCCGCCCUAUAGCCACUACACAAGCGGGUGCUGAGCUCUAUGCAGUACGCUACCCGAAGUAUAAAGCAGGGGGCCAUGUGGUCAAGAAAAUCACGACAGAGCCAACAUACCGCUACGUAGAUGACUUGAUCAGGGAGGUUGUUGCUGGCUGCAGACAGACCCCUGACCAGAGAACACCAGUCAGCGUCACUGUGGAUGUGCCUCCCUUCCUCUGCGAUGAACUGGAGAAUCCAGACAAGGAGGAAGCCAUCGCCAAGCACAGGAGACGCAUCGGGGUUAUUCCGGUGACCAUGGAUGAAGUGCUGGCUGUCCAGAGUUGGGACACGGGUUGAACCGCUCGCCUGUGCAUCGGUUGGGGACAUCUCUGCGCUGCUGACCCGUCUCCGCUCGGGAUGGCCUCCUGCUGGCCCCACUAUGGACUGGACUCUUACUAUUAUGUUAGAUCCACUAAGGACUGGUCUUUCACAAUAUUAUGUCAGACCCACUCGACAUACAUUGCUUUCGGUCUCGCCUAGAGGGGGGGGUUACCCACAUAUGCGGUCCUCUCCAAGGUUUCUCAUAGUCAUUCACCGACGUCCCACUGGGGUGAGUUUUUCCUUGCCCGUAUGUGGGCUCUGUACCGAGGAUGUCGUUGUGGCUUGUGCAGCCCUUUGAGACACUUGUGAUUUAGGGCUAUAUGAAUAAACAUUGA